GCUGAUGAUUUAUCUUUAUAUCUGGAGGCGUACAUAGUGCUUCAAGACGUCCGAAUUGAUAGGAACAAUAUCCGUGCAACGUCGAUUCACCCGACAUCCGUCACCGUGGCCGAGGCGUGAGAACGCCGAGCGAUCAAGAGUGCCUGCGGGAUCUUGAGCUCUCUCAUGGCUGACCGUAUCCGCGUUGUAACCCAUGGCGCCAGUGGCUACAAAGACCCGUUUUCCGCUGCCCCUCCCAAUCUCCCCUCGCUCCCCUCGCCCCACCUGAGCGCAGCCAACGACAUAGACAGUCGCGUCCAUGUCGUCCAGGGACCCCUCUCGCCUUCGCGUGCGCGAUGCGCCCUCGCGCUCCCGUUCUCGCCGCCCGCGCGCGUCCCGCAACUCCUCGCUCGUAUCGGUCCCCUAUCUCCCCGAUAACCCUGAUGCGCUCGUCAAUCCGGACGGACAAAUUGGCGACGAAGCUGCAGAGCUUCUGCACGAGUUCGUGCAUCCACACAGGCACGACUCGGACGAGACACUCACGGCGGACGAGGAGCCGCGCGAAGAGGCUGAUGGAUCGCUGGAGAACGACGAUCUGCUGGAAGAGGCUGUUUUGGAAUGGAGGCAGAGCCUGCCUUGGUGGAAGAGGCCUUCUCCUUGGUGGUUCAUCUUUCUUGUGCCUUUCUCUGCCAUUGCCAUAUCCGCCACGAUGGCUCCACGCAUCCAGAUCUACACACAGCUCGUAUGCGAUGCGUACAAGCCCGAGUUCAAAGCUGGCCGAGGCGCGGACAAGAGCCCGAUGUCCCUGCUGUCUGCAGUGGCACGUUCAUCCUACAUGCUGUCUACGGUCACUGCGCUAGACGACCGAACGUACGAGCUGUGUGCGGCCGACCCCGUCGUGCAGCAGGCAGUAUCUAAGCUCUCGCUUGCCAUGCUUAGCACCAUGGGAAUACUCGGCUGCUUGACCACCGCUUGGUGGGGAUCGCUCUCCGAUCGAUUUGGGCGCACCCGAGUGAUGAGCUUCUCCGUCAUCGGUCUGCUGACGACCGACGUGAGCUUCAUCGUCACUGCGACUUUUGCCAACAAGCUGCCCGGAGGGUACUGGUUCCUGCUAUUUGGACCUAUUGUGGAGGGCAUGUUUGGCGGGAUAAGUUCUGUGAUGGCUGCGAUCCACGCAUACAUUGCCGACUGCACUGAUCCCGCUGCCCGCUCCCGCGCCUUCUCUCUCUUCCUCGGCCUACUCUUCACGGGCAUGUCCGUUGGGCCUACGCUGGCCUCGCUCCUGAUCAAACACACGCGCAAUCUCCUCGCCAUCUUCUAUAUCGCUACGGCAGUGCACAUAGUGUAUGCGUUCCUCAUCCUGUUCAUCAUUCCUGAGUCGCUUGCGCCCGUGCAGAGGGCGGCAUCACGGAAAUUGUGGAAAGAGGAGCGCAAGAAUAGAAAGGAGGAAGAGGACGGGCGGAGCGGUUGGUUGCGGUUGAAGAAAGUGCUAGGGUUCGCGAAGCCGCUGGCGAUGUUGGUGGAGAGUGUGGAAGACGAGACAGGGAGGCGGAGGCGGGAUUGGAGUUUGCUCAUGCUCGUGGCUGCAUACGGGUGUGUCGUGAUGCUUCUCGGCUCGAUUACGUCGAAGAUGCAGUACAUGACGAUGAUGUUCGAGUGGUCGGCGGAACAGGUUGGCUACUGGUCCAGCACGGUCAGCGCUGUCCGCGCUUUGUGGCUCACUGUCCUCCUUCCUGUAAUCAUUAGCUUCUUGCAACCAAAAGCAUCUGCGGUCCGUCUGCCCGUGGAGCCGGACGAACCGCUCGUUCCCUCCCGACCCUCCUCCCCAUCAUCAUCCCCUCCAGCUGCUGCCCCUCCACCGAUCACGCAAUUCUCUUCCACACGCGCGGCAACACACCACCAUCACGCCCACUUGCCCGCAUUUGACCUCGCACUGGCACGCGUUUCGCUCCUGAUUGAGAUGGUUGCAUAUACUCUUAUGGCUAGUGCGCACACGGGCACGCUAUUCACUGCGUACAGUGCUCUGGGUGCGUCCGGUGCGGGCUUCGGGCCUGCGAUUAAUAGUGUCGCAGCGACUUUGUAUUCGCGGCGCGGAGGGCGGGAACUUGGGAAGUUGUUCGGCGCGCUCAGCGUGGUGCAGGUUAUCUGCUCACAGAUACUCGGCCCGUUCCUGUAUGGUGUGAUGUACAUGAGUACCGUGGCGACGUUUCCGCGCGCGGUCUUUUUCCUGUCCGUAGGCUCGCUCACUGUGUCGUUCGUGCUGCUUUCCUGUAUCCGGCUCCCGAAGGACACGGGCGCGAGCGGCGACGAGGAGAGUCGGGCACCGCCGCACCGCGAGUCCACACUCGUGGACGCGGAUGUGGAGAUUAUCGUGGAGGACGUGGACGAGGAGGAGGCUGCGCGUGGGCGGAAGCCUGGGAUUAAGCCUGCCGUUGCGGGCGGGUCAGAGGCGUGAUACUGUUUUCAAACAUCCGUCGCGAUCCUUACCCCUUACCGCUGUUUAUGCUCGGCGCAAGUCGCCCUCCUGGCUAGAUUUUCCUCCAUGAACUGCGAUCUAUUCUCGUGCGGUUCUCCUUGUGAUUGUACUUGUAUCUCCUUUCGGCUUCCCGCGGUGUAGUGCGCGAUUACUGUAACUUUGUAUACGAAGAGUAUUGUACCAUAGAUGCUGCUAUGCGAGCAUAACAGCAUAGAGUAGUAUACGGUAGACGAUACGCUAGCUAGAUAGACAAUGUCAUUUCGCGAUAGAAACUAAACAUAUUUACCACACGUGCGCCACUCAGCGAUCAACUCAUUUGCACGCACAGCAUCGUCUAUACCGCCUGCGAGCCAUCCUGCUGACCCCGCCACCGCCACCACCCCCACACGCCGAGACCGAGC